AUGCGUCAAGGGAUAAACUCGCUGACACGUUUAGCACAUGCGCGUAUAGUGCCCUCUGAGCCAUAUAUGUCUUUCUCCUCUAAGGUGGCUACCGAAUGGGGUCAUACAGUGAUGAGUACGCGGAGCUCUCGUACAACCAUAUGUUGUGUUAGCGCUCCUUAA